AUGUAUGCCCGAUGCGGCAGCGUAGCAGAUGCCCGCAAGGUCUUCGAUGAUCAAGCGCUCCAAAACAAUAUCUACUCGUGGGCGAUCAUGAUCUCGAUCUACGCCCGCGCCGGCGACCUCGAUGAAGCCCAGGCCCUCUUCGAUCGGAUCCCACUGCGAAGCGCGGUUGCGUGCAAUACGAUGCUAGCUGCUUAUGCCCAGAUUGGGGAUUUGGAGAGGGCGAUGGCGAUCGCGCGAGAAAUCGAAGCUCCGAAUCUAGUUUCUUUAAAUUUGGUGCUAUCUUUCUACGCUAGAUCUAGUCGAUGUGAAGCUGCCGAGCGUCUGUUCUUUGCAAUGCCCUACUGGACGCUUGCUUCGUGGACAGCCCUAAUCACUGCAUUUGCCCACACUGGGCAAAUGCUCCAAUUACAGCACUUUUUUGCGAAUAUGCCUCAGCACGACAUAGUGGCGUGGAAUGCACUUCUGGAUGCGCACGCCCAAAAUGCCAACGUGGAGAGUGCCGCGGGGAUAUUCUGGCGGAUGCCUCAACGGAAUCUAGUCUCGUGGACAACGAUGCUCGCAGCCUAUGCCCAAGCAGGGCAUAUCCUUGGGGCUAAGGCACUUGUCUUGUUCGAGAGAUUCCAAGAUGCCGCUGACGUGUUUUCCUGGACAACAAUGUUGGCGGCAUAUGCCGCUAGUGGUUACAUAAGCGAAGCAAAGCGUAUAUUCGAUAGGAUGCCCCAUCACAGCAUCGUCUCGUGGAACUCUCUUCUCACGGGAUAUUCCCAGAACGGGCAUCUUGAGCAUGCAAUGGAGGUGUUCCACUCAAUGCCGCGAAGAAAUCUCGUAUCAUGGAACAUCCUUCUCUCGGCAUAUUCUCUGGCUGGGAAUGUCCCGUUGGUUAGAAAAUUCUUCGAGCAAAUGCCCGAGAAGUCCAUACUCUCUUGGAACUCGAUCCUGGGAGCGCAUGCCCAGACCGGUCAUGCCUUGGAAGCUCUCGAAAUUUUCAAGUUUGUGAAGCUAGUCGAAGCUCCAGACGAUGUAACUUUCAUCUCAGGACUCAUCUCUUGCAGCCACGCCGGGAAAGUCCGCGAUGGAAUCGCGAGCUUCGUGUCCAUGCAGCUCGAUUUCAAGCUGGAGCCGACGAAGCAGCACUACUGCUGCGUGAUCGAUCUCCUGGGACGAUCCGGCCACUUGAGCUACGCAAGAGAUCUCAUAGCAAACAUGCCUUUCGUCCCGGAAGCUCUGGAGUGGACGUGCUUCCUGGGAGCCUGCCGAAGUUACAGCGAUCUCCAGCGAGGAGCAAGCGCUGCUCGAUCUGUACUUAAGUUAGAUCCACUGAAAACAUCAGCUUACGAUUUGCUUGCAAAUAUUUACUCCAUAGACGGAUGGUUCUACGGCGAAGCCAUCCCGCCCCCUACGAGAAUUCCAAGACCGUCUUCAAACUAUCUAGCUUCGUGUUAG